AUGCCAAUAGAGGCAGAGAAUGAAGACUACAUACUAGGCUGUCGUGUUCAUGACAUGGUGCUCGGUCUGAUCCGGUCAUUGUCAAGCAGUGAAAACUUUGUCACCGUAUUGGGUAUAGAACAAUACAACACAUCUCACCAGGGCUAUGGUCGAAGGAUAGCCAUCCUAAGCAGCAAGAAUGGAUUACCCCCAGUGGUGAACCUGGGAACGGCACAGUCACAAGUGACAAUCCGGUCAUUUAGUGCCAAUGGUUUGUCAUACAUAGAUGUUCUGCCAACACCGGCGAAAUUUGAAGCUGUGCGUGUACUGGCACUGCAAAAUUGUGAAUCAUUGCAGGACCUUCACGGCCUGGAGCAUAUUGGCAGUUUACUUCACCUACGAUACCUUGCACUGACGUACACACCUCUUUCUGAGCUCCCAAAUGGAAUAGCGGGACGUCUGAGGUUCCUAGAGACGCUGGAUCUGUGGGGGACUGGCAUAGAGCAAGUGCCGUCGAGCGUGGGCAAGUUGACACAGUUGCUGUGCCUACAAGCCGAUAUUAAAACAAGGGUGCCGGAUUGGAUCGGGAACCUGACGUCCCUGCAAGAGUUGUGGAUGUGGCCUGAUGCUGCAGCUGCAGGGCAGUUUGUGAAGGAGCUGGGCAAGCUCGAGGAUCUGAGGGUGCUCUGUACUCAGUUCGAGGGUGCCCCCGCAACGGACAUUAUCGAGUCUCUAGGAAGUCUGCCCAAGAUACAGAAAAUGCACGCCUUUGACCGUUGGGCAGCGGUGGGGCAGUGUGUGCCGUGGGAGCAAGGAUUCGUCACUCCUCAAUGCCUCCAGUUCCUGUGCCUGAGGUGUUUGACCUUCACCAGCCUGCCGCCGUGGAUUAAUCCGUCACUUCUGCCAAACCUCAGCAACCUGUCCCUGUCGUUGCAGGUUUUGCGACAGGCGGACAUGGAAAUCCUUGGCAGGCUGCGAAUGCUCCGCAGACUCGAUCUAUUUGCGAUGGGGAAUGCAAUUAUAAGAAUUGGGAUUCAUGACACCCUGUUGUUCCGCAAGUUGAGAUUCUGCACGAUGGCCACGACCUCCAUCCGGUUUGUACCACCUCCUGCUGCUAGUGCUGCCGUCACAACACCUGUCUCAGUCAUGCCAUACCUGGAAUUACUUCACUUCAGCUUGGACGUGCACUUCUUCAAGGACAGGAAAAUUGCUUUUGACAUUGGCUUGGAGCACCUCCCGAGUUCUCUUCGCACAGUAAAGGUUUUUGUGCUCUGCCACUUAGCCAAAGAAGAAGACGUCAAGGAGGCGGAGGCGGCAUUGUUGCACUCCGUCAGCAUCCAUCCCAGCCGUCCCGCCCUUCAACUCGAAAGAUUGGCCGAAGAUAAAAUGCUCCCUUCUCACCUCAAAGAUGAUCAGUGA